AUGGCUUCCGAGUCCAGCCCAUUGCACUAUUUUCAGGCCGACAAAGUUCAUAGGUUCACCCGUGAUGUGCUAAUGGGCAAUGGUGUGCCCCCGGAAGAAGCUGAUACUGUUACUAAAUGUCUCAUGGCAGCAGAUCUUCGAGGCAUCGAUACCCACGGCGUCAAUCGCCUCCCCUCGUAUAUGCAGCGCGUCCGACAAGGAGUUCUCGAUCCCAAGGCAAAGCCGACAUUGAACCAAGUCACUCCCGUUGUGGCGCAAGUGGAUGGACACAAUGGCUUUGGCUUUCUCGCGGCCUCCGUGGGGAUGGAACGCUCUAUCGAAAUGGCAAAAGUGUACGGCAUCGGUAUGGUAUCCAUCAAGCACUCCAACCAUUUCGGCAUGUCUGCCUGGAUCGUCCAGAAAGCUAUCGAGGCUGAUAUGAUAUCCUUGGUCUUCACCAAUUCCUCGCCGGCGUUACCAGUUUGGGGAGGAAAGUCCAAACUCCUGGGCGUGUCUCCUUUAGCUUGCGGUGCACCAGCCGGGAAGACAAGACCAUUCAUCUUGGACAUGGCCCCUAGCGUUGCCGCCCGAGGAAAGAUCUAUAAGGCAAAGAGGAGAGGCGAAAAGAUCCCGCUGGACUGGGCACUCGAUGCUGAUGGCUUACCAACAGACGACCCUACAAAAGCAUUAGAAGGCGUGAUGCUGCCCAUGGGUGGACCGAAAGGCUCGGCUUUGGCCAUCAUGAUGGAUGUCUUCUCUGGCGUUCUUUCUGGAUCCGCCUUUGCCGGCCAUGUGACGAAUCCAUAUGAUCCAUCGAAGCCAGCUGACGUGGGCCACUUCCUGAUGGCUAUGAAACCUGACCUUUUUUUCCCGUUGGAGGAAUUCAAAGAGAGGAUGGACUACUUGUAUCAGCGUGUGGUCGACUCCGACAAGAGAGAAGGCUUCGACCGGAUUUACUUCCCUGGUGAGAUCGAACAGAUUACACAGGAGAAGCGAAAGGUUGAGGGAAUCCCAUACACGGAAUCGGAGAUUGAAUCUUUGAACAAAGAAGCCCAGACGGUAGGAGUUGAAGCGCUGGUUUUCUGA